AUGAAUUAUUUGGUGUUGUUUGCGUCGCUUUUCGCCGUGGGUUUCUCCGGGAAGUCACCUCGGCUGAAAUUUGUUGUGCACGAGCCCCCCAGGUUCCACUUCAUGAAACCAGAGAACUACAUCAGCAUGUACCACCAGGAAGGCUCCAACGUGCUGUACGUGGGGGGGCAAGCUGUGAUCUACGUGCUGACAUUCACAGACCGAGGAGUUCGCGACCUGCAGAUCCCCGUGGUGAGCGAUGAGAUUACAAAGACGAUGUGCAUGACCAAGUCUGCGCCGCCCAAGAUGGAGUGUGAUAAUUUCAUCACAGUCAUUCAGAAAGUAAAUGACACAUUUGUAGUGUGUGGGACAAAUGCUGGAAGCCCUAAAUGCUGGCUGCUGGUAAACGACACAGUUCUGACUGACGUCCAGGGCAGUGCGCAGAUGGCAGCCCCCGCCGACAUCUCCCCACCUUACCCCUCUCAGAGGUCCAUCAGCCUGUCUGCAGAUGGGAGUCUGUACUCUGCCCUGUCAUCAGUCGGCGGCCAUGCCGGCUCCAUCCGACGGACGUUUGGCUCCCAGAAGCUGCUGAAGACGGAGAACGUUUGGCUGCUGAAUCCACAGUUUGCCGGCGCUGCCGUGAUUCCCGCCUCCCAGAAGUUCAAAGAGGAGAUCUACUUCUUCUUCAGCGAGCUCAACAAGACGGCCCGGGUGGAUGAGGAGCCAUACAGGGCCCGCAUCGGCCGAAUCUGCACGGUGGAUGAAGGAGGGAUCAAGGCCUUGUUGGCAGACUCGUGGACCACCUUCAUGAAGGCCAGGGUGAUGUGCGGUGCAGGCAGCACCCAGCAGCAGUACAACAACAUCAAGCAGGCGGUGGUGCUGACGGCUCAGCACAAGAGGGCCGGCGUCAUGUACGGCCUGUUCGCCAACGCAUGGGGGCGAACUGUCAUCUGUGCCUACUCCAUAGAAGACAUUGACCAGGCCUUCUCCACGUCCAAGCUGAAAGGCUACAGCAGUCCGUUCAUUGGCAGCCGCCCAGGGAUGUGCGUCCGCAAGAACUCCACAGCCGGAGGUCACAAUGACAUCAAGAACCUUGGGGUGAUCCGGUAUCACCCGGAAAUCGAGGACGUGAUCCGCCCGGUGGGCGUGGCGCCGCUCGACCUGCCGACGGAUGACCACAUCACACACACCGUGGCGGACAUCGUUCUGGCUGUCAACGACGAGCACUACAGCGUGCUGUACCUGGGGACAGAACAAGGCAAAGUCCUCAAAGUUCUCCACACCAGUGAGGAAGCCUUCAUCAUUGGCCAGUAUUCACUUUUCCACAAUGAGGGUCCUGUUCUAAACAUGGCCAUCGACUCCCAAAAGGGCCACCUAUAUGUUGGCACGGCGAUGGAGGUACAGCGACUGCCAUUGGCCGACUGCGGUCGCUACGGGGACACAUGCAGAGAGUGCAUUCUUUCCCGGGAUCCAUACUGCGGCUGGGACAGAGCCAGGAGAAGAUGCAUCGCCAUCCCCCCUGGAUACAAUAUCAGCUCUGGGGCACUCACUCAGCAUCUGGACCAGUCGAAUGCAUCGGUUUGUGGGGAAGGUGCCGCUCUGAAACAGCGCAAAACCUCUCCCAGAGAAGUUGUUGUGCAGUCAAACACCUCCAUCUUCCUCCCCUGCCCCGUUCGCUCCUUUCACGCCACCUACCGCUGGGAGAAAGACAACUGCAUUAAGAACUACCCUUGCCUCUUCUCCGGAGACUCCUGCGUCCUGGGGCCCGCUGUCGACCUGCCCCUCAAGGAAGGCGUCUUCCGUUGCAUGGCCACCGAGGACGGGUUCAAGGUGGAGGUCAUCGCCUUUAGGUUGGUCUACAAUGGGGGGGCCCUUGCGGCCUCGUUGGCCUCCACCCUGGGAUCGUCCUGUCUUCUCGCCGCAGUCACACUAUGGCUACUGUAA